AUGGCUGAAGGGUUCGUUAAGAAAGAUGGGAUGAAACGCCUUUCAGAUGUUGCUGAAGAGUAUCUUAAUGAUUUGAUUGGGAGGAGCUUACUUAUGGUGGCCGAACAAAAAUGUAAUGGUGGAGCGAAAACAUGCUGCAUCCAUGACUUGCUUCAUGAGUUCUGUUUGCAUAAAGCUCAAGAUGAUCAGUUCUUCUAUUUCCUUAAGGGAGGCUACGAUGAGCUGCUUCUAAGGGUGUUGGAUUUGGAGCAAAUCGAUUUAGGUGUUACAAUUCCAAAUGAAAUAGAACUCCUUGUUCGGUUGGCCUACUUUGCAAUUCGAAAAAAAUUUGGUGGCAUCCCUCCGUCGAUUGCUAACCUAUCGAAUUUGGAAACUUUUAUUGUGAAUGGUCAUUUUGGAAAAAACAUUUCAUUGCCAGGCAAUUUUUGGAAUUUACAGAAGUUAAAACAUUUUUGCAUGACAGGAAGUCGUUUUAACGGCGGUAUGUUGCCCCUGGAGAAUCUUGACAACUCACCUGAUUUAUAUGACUUGGAAAGGAUUUGUCGUGUGAUUUUGCCUCUUGACUGCAACAUCAUGGAAGGGCUAAUGAGAAAGUUUCCAAACAUCCGGAUUCGAUGA